AUGAUCUUUUACAAUUAUAAAAGUUUAUCGAAAUUGGUAAGUUUAAAAAAUUAGAGAAGAGAUAGAUUUUGCAAUGAAGAAAACAGAUCAAACAUUUUAUUUUAGUAAAUUUAUUAAAUAGUUUUGCAUAAAUUAAUUGGAAAGGAUUCGAACUUCUUAUAAGUUGCACUUAGAGUUUUGAUAAUUUAGAGCAAAUCUAAUCUUUAGAUAUUCUUAUAAUUAUUUGAAUACCUAAAGUAGUUUGACUAAUACAUAUUUGAUUUUAUUUAUAGCUAAAGAAUUAAUAAUAUUGAAAAGAAAAAUAACUAAAUAAUAAUUAGGAGGAGUUAGAUGUGGUAAAUUAAAAAGAAAAAUCUCUUCUUAAAAAAUUCAAAGUUUUAAAUUUAUAAAAUAAAUAGUUAAAAAUCUUUAAAACUGGUUGCAGCUCAUGUAUGA